AUGCUUAAAGUUGGUAUUUUGCUGUUAACUUAUUCCGUAUUAUCGGAGGCAUGUAGCACCGUACGGUUACCUCGACCGAUUCCACCAGCCCCUGAGAUGCCCAUGAUGCAAGAAAUGACGAAAGCACCAGCAUCAGAAACAACAAAACCCGCUCUAUCUACACCCACCGAGACCGAAGCGCCCGAUUCGACACCCCCAGCAGAAGCAUCGCCACCUGGAUCAACUGAGGCCGGAUCAUCUGAUGCAACGGGUGCAGAAGAAACAACUCCAUCUGGAUCAACUGAGGCCGGAUCAUCUGAUGCAACGGGUGCAGAAGAAACAACUCCAUCUGGAUCAACUGAGGCCGGAUCAUCUGAUGCAACGGGUGCAGAAGAAACAACUCCAUCUGAAUCAACUGAGGCCAUAUCAUCUGAUGCAACGGGUGCAGAAGAAACAACUCCAUCUGAAUCAACUGAGGCCGGAUCAUCUAAUUCAACGGCUGCAAUAGAAACGAAGGGCGCAAUUGGAGAAUGA